AUUGUCAGUCUGCAAACAAGAUAUGCUACGCCAUCGGUGGAGCGCCCUACCAGAUCACAGGGUGUGCCUUGGGCUUCUUUCUGCAGAUCUAUCUUCUGGAUGUAGCUCAGUUGGAUCCCUUCUAUGCCUCCAUCAUCUUGUUCGUUGCCGAGCAUGGGACGCUGUAACAGACCCUACAGUGGCUUUCUGGUCUCCCGGAGCCCAUGGACACGUAUUGGACGCAUGAUGCCCUGGAUUCUGCUCUCAACCCCUCUGGCUGUGCUUUCUUAUUUCCUCAUAUGGUACGUCCCUCCCUUUGAGAAUGGCAAAGUCGUCUGGUACCUUUUCUUCUACUGCCUCUUCCAGUCGCUUCAAACUUGCUUCCAUGUGCCAUAUUCUGCCCUCACCAUGUUCAUCAGCUCGGAGCAGAAGGAGAGAGACUCUGCCACUGCGUAUAGGAUGACGGUGGAGGUUUUGGGCACUCUGCUCGGUACAGCUAUCCAGGGCCAGAUAGUAGGCAUGGCGAACGCUCCCUGCCUCCCAGGACCUGGCGACAUCGUGGCAAACCUGAGCAACUCCUCCAUGUCUGUUGGACUCAAUGCGUCCGAACCCGCCAUCUCCCUAGAGCACACGAGAACGGCCUACAUGAUCGCCUCUGGUGUCAUCUGCUUGAUCUACAUCCUCUGUGCUGUCGUUUUAUUCUUCGGUGUGAGGGAACAAAAAGAGUCCUGUCGUCUCAGGUCAGAGCCCAUGUCCUUCUUCCAGGGGAUUAAGCUGGUGAUGGGGCAUGGACCAUACACCAAACUGGUCAUGGGGUUCCUCUUUACCUCACUAGCUUUCAUGCUCCUGGAGGGAAACUUCGCUCUGUUCUGCAGCUCCACGCUGGGUUUCAGGAACGACUUCCAGAAUAUUCUGCUUGUCAUCAUGCUCUCCGCUACUCUGGCCAUCCCCUUCUGGCAGUGGUUUCUGACUCGCUUUGGGAAAAAGACGGCAGUUUACACUGGAACCUCGUCCGUGGUUCCCUUCAUGAUCCUGGUGGUGUGUAUAAAGAGUAACCUGAUUGUCACCUACAUCGUUUCCUUCUUUGCUGGGGUUGGAGUGGCUGCAGCCUUCUUGCUGCCCUGGUCUAUGCUGCCAGAUGUCGUUGAUGAUUUCCAAGUGCAAAACCCUGAGUCCACCGGCCACGAAGCUCUCUUCUAUUCCUUCUAUGUCUUCUUCACCAAGUUUGCCUCUGGAGUCUCCCUGGGCAUCUCCACCCUCAGUUUAGACUUUGCAGGCUACAUCAGUAGAGGCUGCUCUCAGCCAGAGGAAGUGCACUUAACUCUGAAAGUGUUGGUUUCAGCCGCCCCCGUCGCUCUCAUCAUCGUCGGCCUCUGCAUAUUGUACUCGUAUCCCAUCAAUGAGGAGAGGAGGCAAGGCAACCGCAAACUGCUCCAAGAACAGAGGGACAACGAGGUGGAUUCAGAAACGGACUCGACAGAACUGGCCAACACGGUGUAGCACAUUGUAGAAGACAGAUCCACGGAGCAGUCGGGUGAUCCACUGGGAUUUUGCACUGGACUGGACCAACGGACCUGAGCCAGUGGCAUCGUGCAGACACUGCCUUGUCCAGUCACACUGCUGCUGCUCCACAUACUGAACUUAAGUGACUCAAAAGUGUAAAUGUUUCGGCCACGCUGAGGCAUUUCUAAAGACAAACAACCUACCCUCCGUUUUUUUUUCCUGGCAUGACAGUCUCUCUUUUCUUUUGUUCAGUCCGAUCUCAAAAGCCUUACUUUUUGUAGAACAUACUUUUGAGCACUGUGGAAUAGUUGUUUUUUUUUUUUUUUUUUUUUUUUACAGAUUGGUCUCGUUCUCAGUUGAAAUUGCACAAAACCAUAAAAUGUAUUGUGAGCUUGUGGGCAUAUUAUUGGUGUUACUCGCUGAAACUGAGCAGUUUCCAUCCUUGCAUAUACCACGUGGAACAUUAACGACCUUGAGCACUGCGUCGAAAACAAUUUUAUACUUCUGACAUAUACACAUUGUGAGAAACUUGAACAGUGAUAACGCCUUAACUUGUGCCCCAUUUUUGGGUUUAAAAAUCCAAAAUGGACAAACUGACUUGUCAGGCACUUGCUCUGAAGUCAUUGACUUGGUGUGUGAUUUGAACACAUUUAAAUGUGUUGUCAUUUUACAGUUUCUACUUGUAGUUUACAGAAACCUGCCAGCCAAUCUGUUUGGAUCUCAUUCCCCACUGGCUUUUUGUUUGUUUAGGAAGAAGCCGUAAUAAUGUGAUGUUGGAACUAGUAGCCAAACCGUAUCAGCCGAAGGGCUUGAUUUAGUUCCUUACCAUAGUACUAAAACCACUACAAUAGUCACAACCGCUAGUUUGCACACAUCACCGCAGUGUUUAUCGAACACUUGCAUUAUUUACAAUAUUAUUAUUUGUAGGACAGCUACUACAAGAAAAGCGUCUCUUCGCUAAAUGCUUUACUUCCCAAUAGUGAACAAAAUGCUGGCCAAAGCCGGUACUAAUUUAGUAAUUACAAUAUUUAAAUAUUUAUUAGUUUUGAUUUGACUACAAAUCAUGCGUGCCAGAAAGUUGAGCUUCUUGCAGUAUUUAAAUUUAUUUAAGGCCUGUAAGGUUUCUCUAACUGACCGAGGAAGGUUCUAAGUGAGGGAAAUGGGGUGGAAGUCAAAUUUUAAAACAUUCACGUGCCUUUUAAUGCAUGGUGCCAUUGCUACUGUCUUUGUUCUAUAUGGAUUUAAAAAAAAAAAAAAAAAAGGGAAGCACAGACUAGUAAAAAAAAAAAAGAUUGGAAUACAGAGAACUUGUUGUAGUUGGGUGUUUAUUUUCCUUUGUACAUAUUUGUGUUUAUUGAAGACACAACCAGGAUACUUUGACCAUCUCAAUCCAUCGUAUGAAUGAGGAUUGACAUAUUUUAUAUCUGUUGAUAUGGAAACGUGUACAUGCAGUGUCGUAUGUUACACAUACUGUUACACCUCUGACAUGUUGACAUUUUCACUAACUCAACCUGUAAUAAUUGUACAUCCUGUAAAUCUCCUUCUUUUAUUUGGUCAUUUGUAUAUCGUCUUUUAUAGAUUUAUUUGUGAACUUCCUCGUGACUCUGAGGCUGUAGCCAAAUGUGUGAGCUUUAACCCCACAGGGACACACAGAAGCCUCCUGUGCAAAUGUAUAUAUUGUACAUGUGAACCUGUAAAUAUCUUUGAUAUUUGUGGCUGCAUUUGAAAUGAACGUAUGUACACUGUACUGUAGUUAUUUAAGAAAAAUGUGAUGAGAAAAGACGUUAAUAAAUACUAAUUGGUAAGUGUACUGUGAACAA